AUGGCGAGACUAGAGAUUGACAUGGCCCAGAUCGAAGAUUUGUGGGGUGGAUGGGGCCGUGGCAUUGAAUUUGGGGUAGUGGUUUAUGGUCCCUUUAAAAGUCCUUAUACAAUGGGAGAUCCUUGUGGCUCAAGUAGUGGACCAGCAAUAUCAGUAGCAGCAAAUAUGGCAGCAGUGUCACUGGGAACCGAGACUGAUGCCUCUAUUUUAUGUCCGUCCAGUUAUAACUUGGUAGUGGGCAUCAAACCAACUGUUGGUCUCACUAGUCGAGCUGGAGUCAUACCAGUCUCACCAAGACAAGAUAGUGUGGGGCCCAUUUGUAGAACAGUAGCAGAUGCCGUUUAUGUUCUUGAUGCCAUUGUAGGCAUUGACCACUAUGACAAUGCAACAAUUGAAAUAUCACGGUACAUUCCAAAAGGUGGCUAUGCACAAUUUCUUAAGGCUGAUGGACUCCGAGCAAAGAAACAAGGCACAAUUCUGGUAGCCAAUUUGGAAAUAGCCAAUACUGACGAAAUCUAUAGCCCCACGAGCAGUGAAGGAACUGCAUUGGCAACUGAGUUUAAAAUAUCCAUCAAUGCAUAUCUAGAUGAGCUAGUGAGUUCCCCAGUCCGUUCUUUAGCUGAUUUGAUUUACUUCAACAAGAAAAACUCAAAAUUGGAAAAGUUAGAAUAUGGACAAGACCAGUUUGUAAAAGCUGAAGCAACAAGUGGAAUUGGAAAUGCAGAGAAGGCUGCGUUGGCAAAUUUAGCAAAACUGACUAGAGAAGGUUUUGUGGAGUUGAUAACAAAGAAUAAGCUAGAUGCAAUAGUGACUCCUGGUGUUAGUGUUUCUACUAUCCUUGCAAUCGGGGGUUUCCCAGGAGUAAUUGUCCCUGCAGGAUAUGACUCUGACGUGAAACCAUUUGGCUUAUGCUUUGGAGGACUAAAGGGUUAG